GUUAUGACCUUCCUGAACUCUCCAUUCUAGCACAACAAUGUCAUCAAGAGGACGAGGAGGACACCGUGGUGGACGUGGCGGCGGACGCCCCGAGGAGCGCAAGAAGCGCGAGGCGAUCCUCAACCUCGCGUUGUAUGUCGACAAGAGCAUCCGCGUUACGCUGCAAGGUGGUCGGGCUGUUACCGGCACGCUCAAGGGGUACGACCAGCUCAUGAACCUCGUAAUGGACGACGUCGUGGAGCACUACGAGAACAAUGAGAUGCCAGAGCGCACGCUCGGCCUUGUCGUCCUCCGCGGCCCCAACGUCGUGCUCAUCUCCCCGACCGACGGGCUGGCCGAAAUCGAGAACCCGUUCGCGCAGUGAUCGUCAGUAGCAGUAUGCAGCAAUAGACCAGACACCUCUUCCACUAACAAUGCUAAUGCAAUGCAUGUGACCGAC